AUGAGACAUCUUAAAGAAGAAUUCGAGCUGGGGUACCAGAAAGUGGACGAACUGGGGGGAGAAGACCCCACCCGGAAACGACCCUUGUCGACCAUGCUGCUGCAGCCCCGAGCUGUCGGGCCCUGGGGUGCGGGCUGGCUGUUCGAGAUCGUGAGCUGCGUGAUUGCGGUGGGAGCCCUGGUGGCUAUCGUGGUUGUCCUGCAGACUUACGACGGCAAGCCGAUGCCCAACUGGCCCUACGGCAUCACCCUCAACGCGCUGAUCUCGUUGUUGGUGACCGUCAUGAAAGCCGCCAUGGUCUACCCCAUCACCGAGGGCCUGUCGCAGCUAAAAUGGUCGUGGUUCAAUCGCCAAAACAAGCUCAAUGACUUGGCCGUGCUGGACGCUGCUAGUCGCGGCGCCGUCAAUGCCGUCUUCGUCUUGUUCCGCUUCCUCCCACGUCACUUGGUGACGGUCGGAUGCUUCAUCCUGGUCGUGGCGGCCGCCAUUGCGCCCUUCGUGCAGCAGGUCAUCAGCAUCACCUCGCAGCCCAUCCACUCGCCGACCGAGUCCUCCAUUCGAGUCUGCAACACGAGCUCGUACGUCGACUACGGCGAAGGGGCUGGGCCCGGCAUGAACAAAGUGCCUCUUUCAACGGCGGGCGCGAUCUACACGGGGCUGUUCCAGAGCGCAGGCCCCAACAGCAACGCGCAGAGCGUCACCUGUUCGACGGGCAACUGCACCUUCGCGUCGUACCAGUCGUUGGGGCUCUGCCAGCGGUGCGCCAACAUCACCGACGACCUGACGUUGGCGACGACCGACCCGGCCAGCACGAUGAACAUCUACAACUACAAUCUGUCGAACGGGUUCAGCUUCCAAACCUCGUGGAGCGGCAUGUACCUGAUGAACGCGACGACCGGGCUGGACCUGGUGCGGGUCGACACAUCCGACCUGCCGCCGCUGAUCCUCAACUUCACCGCCAUCAGCGCCGCAGGCUACGGCGUACCCCCGACCAUCAGCGCGACCGAAUGCACGCUGUACUUCUGCGUGAAGACGUACUCGGCGUCCGUGCAGGAGGGCCGGUUCAAUGAGACGCUGCUGUCAACUGCCACGACGUCCAACACCUCAACGGCGCCGACAGCCAUCACGACGGACCUGACGCUCUUCCCGGAGCGGUGCACCUCGAACCGCACGGCCGACUGCACGUACCGCGUCAGCUGGCUCAGUCGGCUGGCACUGGCCAACUCGCUCAUGCCGCUGCUGACAGGGCAGGGCUCGCUGUUCGUGAGCAACCGGCCGAGCUGGUCGUCCGACACGGUGCAGGCGCUGUACGGCGUGCAGGGCAACUACACGGACGUGCAUGGCGUGUUCGCGUCGCUGGCCGCGACGCUGACCACGCACGCCCGCACGGCCGUCUGCGCCGCCGCCGUCAACGGCACCACCUGGACCGUCGACUCGUUCGUCCACGUCCAGUGGCCGUGGCUGGCUCUGCCUAUCGUCCUCGUCGUGCUGACCUUGGCCUUCCUCAUCGCUACCAUCGUCCGCACCCGCAACCAGUACAUCUGGAAGUCGUCGCCGCUGGCGCUGCUGUUCUCCGAUGUCAGUCUCGAGGCGCCGCAUCAGAUGCGCCGCAGUCCGGAUCUGAAUCAUAUGGUGGCGACGUCGCGCAAUUUGGAGGUCUUGUUGGAGACGACGGACGGCGGGUCGCGGUUGAGGGCGGUGGCGCGGUGAGGAGCCCACGGUGGGUGCAUGGAUAGUGAUGCAUGGAGAUAAUGAU